AUGUCCUCUGCGGCUUCGGCCAAGGACUCGGACGACCGACGUCCCUCUGGGCAGGUCCCGGCGGCGGACGACGAUCCCGGCACCUCACCCGUGGACACGGAGGUGAGACCACCGGACGAGAUCGUCCCCGAGACUCAGCCGGAGGAGGAAGACGACUUUCCGGCGGAAAGGAACGAGUUCAGCAAGUUGAUGACGAACGACAGAACUCGCCAGCAUGAAGGGUUGGACCCGGCCUUAAACGAAGGGAGGGCGAGUGAGGUGGCAUCUGACGGGCCUCCACCGCUUCAAACCGAGGGGGCGCCCCCCGAGACGACCGAGACCUCCGGCCGCCGCGAGCAAGUCGCCGAGAUGAGCAGUCACCAGCAGGCUGAAACGAGCAAGAAGGCCGAGAUGGAGGAAGAGAGCAAGCAGCCGGCGACAGCGGAGCAGAUGGCUGCAGCGCUUCAGCACUCGCUGCAAACCGCCACCUAUCGCAAACCCCGACCCCAGGCAUGGAUGGACUUAGUGCAGCAGCUCUUUGAAACUGUUUUUCCUAAGAGCCCAAGCAAGAAGAAGUACCUGUCUGCAGCAGCUCAACGGCUCCCGCGCCUCACCAAACCGGAGAUGGAGCGGCUGGUCGACGUUUUCGAAGACAUCGUGGUAUCCCAGCAUCAAGACUGGACUUCAUGGUCUCGACUUGUGGUGGCGUCAUGUCACACGGUCUACAUCUCCAGGCAGUCGUUGGAAUAUGUUCUUAGCAAGGAGUUGGGAAAGGUCUCGAUGCAAACUGCAGAGCUCCAAGCUCCAGUGCUCACCCAAUGGGCUCAAAAGGUGGCGGGGCAACAGGAAGGAGGAGGUUAA